CCCGCCCCGAAAAGCCAAAGCCAAGCCAAAGCGCCCCCGAGCGGCCCCGCCCGCUUCCUUCCGGGGCGCGGCGGCCGCGGCGAUGCUCUGAGGGCGGCGGCCGCGCGGGCCCCGCCGGCCUCGCCAUGUCCGGCAGCCGCCAGGCCGCGGCGGGCUCGGCCGGGACCAGCCCCGGCUCGUCGGCCGCGUCCUCGGUCACUUCCGCCUCGUCCUCGCUCGCCUCGUCGCCCUCGCCCCCCGCCCCCGCCGCCGCCGCCGCCGCCGCCGCCUCCGCGCUGGGUCCGGGCGCGCCGGCGCGGCCCGUGCUGGUGGCGCCCGCCGUGUCGGGGAGCGGCGGCGGCGGCGGCGGCGGCGGGGCGGUGUCGGCCGGUCCGGCCCGGCCCAGCUGCGCGGCCCGGCCCGGCGGCGGCGGCGGCGGCGGCGGCGGCAGGAAGCGGCCGCUCCUGGCGCCCCUGUGCAACGGGCUGCUCAACUCCUACGAGGACAAGAGCAACGACUUUGUGUGCCCCAUCUGUUUUGAUAUGAUUGAGGAAGCAUACAUGACGAAAUGUGGCCACAGCUUUUGCUACAAGUGCAUUCAUCAGAGUUUGGAGGAUAAUAAUCGAUGUCCCAAAUGUAACUAUGUUGUGGAUAAUAUCGACCAUCUGUAUCCUAAUUUCCUGGUCAAUGAGCUUAUACUCAAGCAGAAGCAGAGAUUUGAGGAAAAGAGGUUCAAGUUGGAUCACUCAGUGAGUAGCACCAACGGCCACAGGUGGCAAAUAUUUCAGGAUUUACUGGGAACUGACCAAGAUAAUCUUGACUUGGCCAACGUCAACCUCAUGUUGGAGCUGCUGGUGCAGAAAAAGAAACAGCUGGAAGCGGAAUCACAUGCAGCCCAACUGCAGAUCCUCAUGGAAUUCCUCAAGGUUGCCAGAAGAAAUAAGAGAGAGCAGCUGGAGCAGAUUCAGAAGGAGCUAAGUGUUCUAGAAGAGGAUAUUAAAAGAGUGGAAGAAAUGAGCGGCUUAUACUCCCCCGUCAGCGAGGAUAGCACGGUCCCCCAAUUCGAAGCCCCUUCUCCGUCACACAGUAGUAUCAUCGAUUCCACCGAGUACAGCCAGCCUCCGGGUUUCAGCGGCAGUUCCCAGACAAAGAAGCAGCCUUGGUACAACAGCACGUUAGCUUCAAGACGAAAACGGCUCACUGCGCAUUUCGAAGACCUCGAGCAGUGUUACUUUUCCACGAGGAUGUCCCGGAUCUCAGAUGACAGCCGAACUGCAAGCCAGCUGGAUGAGUUUCAGGAAUGCCUGUCCAAGUUUACCAGAUAUAAUUCAGUCCGGCCCCUGGCAACGUUGUCCUAUGCUAGUGACCUCUAUAAUGGCUCCAGUAUCGUCUCCAGUAUCGAAUUUGACCGGGAUUGUGACUAUUUUGCAAUUGCUGGUGUUACCAAGAAAAUCAAAGUCUAUGAAUACGGCACCGUCAUCCAGGAUGCAGUGGACAUUCAUUACCCUGAAAAUGAAAUGACCUGCAAUUCUAAAAUCAGCUGUAUCAGUUGGAGUAGUUACCACAAGAACCUAUUGGCCAGCAGUGAUUACGAGGGCACCGUCAUCCUGUGGGAUGGAUUCACCGGGCAGAGGUCAAAGGUCUAUCAGGAGCACGAGAAGAGGUGUUGGAGCGUGGAUUUUAACUUGAUGGAUCCAAAGCUCUUGGCUUCGGGGUCCGAUGAUGCAAAAGUAAAAUUGUGGUCCACCAACCUCGACAACUCGGUGGCAAGCAUUGAGGCGAAGGCGAAUGUCUGCUGUGUGAAAUUCAGCCCCUCUUCUCGAUACCAUUUAGCUUUCGGCUGUGCAGAUCACUGCGUCCACUACUAUGAUCUCCGUAACACUAAGCAACCAAUCAUGGUGUUCAAGGGACACCGGAAAGCCGUCUCCUACGCCAAGUUUGUGAGUGGCGAGGAGAUUGUCUCCGCCUCGACGGACAGCCAGCUCAAGCUGUGGAACGUGGGCAAGCCAUACUGUCUGCGCUCCUUCAAGGGCCACAUCAACGAGAAGAACUUCGUCGGCCUUGCUUCCAACGGGGAUUACAUAGCGUGUGGAAGCGAGAACAACUCUCUUUACCUGUAUUAUAAAGGACUUUCUAAGACUUUGUUAACUUUUAAGUUCGACACGGUCAAGAGCGUUCUGGACAAAGACCGGAAAGAGGACGACACGAACGAGUUUGUCAGCGCCGUGUGCUGGAGGGCGCUGCCCGACGGGGAGUCCAGUGUGCUGAUUGCUGCUAACAGUCAGGGCACGAUCAAGGUGCUGGAGUUAGUGUGACGGUUUACUCGAGUCCGCUCCGUGAUCCUGCUGAGACCCGUCUGCAGCGCCAGCGAAGGGAGCAGCGGCCGGGCCCUCCCCAGAGGCCUCCCGCCUCCCCCGGACUCUCCUCCUCCCCCCCGACUCCCCGUCUUCGCCCUUCCGGACCUGGAGACGCCCCCUCGAACCCCCGCCGUCAGCGCCGCUCUCUGGACUUCGCCGCUGCUGCUGCUGGUGCCGUCACCUAAUUUUUGUGAUAGGGAACCCUUCUUUUGAAUAAAAAGAAAGAACAAAAAAAGAAUAAAAG